GAGCGGAGACGGGGAGCCGGCAGCCGGCGCAGCGGCAGGUGCCGGGACCCUGACGCCGCCGCCAGCUGCGCGCGAUGGAACCCCCGGGGGCGGCCCGGCUGCCGGAGACGCCACGGGAGCCGCGCAGAAGCCCGUAGGAGCCCCCCCGCAGGGAGCCCCCGGCGGUCGAUCGGGGCGCGGGGAGGGCGCGGGCGGGCGGCAGCUAUGGACCGAGAGCCGGCCCGGCCCGCGUGCUCGCCGCCCCCCCGCGGCCGCGGCCAUGGAUGGCACGGGCUCGCUGGCCGUGUACAUGGUGGUGGAGCUGGCCAUCGCCGUGCUGGCCGUGCUGGGCAACGUGCUGGUGUGCUGGGCCGUGUGGCUCAACAGCAACCUGCAGAGCGUCACCAACUUCUUCGUGGUGUCGCUGGCGGCGGCCGACAUCGCCGUGGGCGUGCUGGCCAUCCCCUUCGCCAUCACCAUCAGCAUCGGCUUCUGCGCCGCCUGCCACAGCUGCCUCUUCCUGGCCUGCUUCGUGCUGGUGCUCACCCAGAGCUCCAUCUUCAGCCUGCUGGCCAUCGCCAUUGACCGCUACAUCGCCAUCCGCAUGCCCCUCCGGUACAACGGGCUGGUGACGGGCGCCCGGGCCAAGGGCAUCAUCGCCGUGUGCUGGGUGCUGUCCUUCGCCAUCGGCCUGACGCCCAUGCUGGGCUGGAACAGCUGCGACCGGCCGCGGGAGGCGCGCAACGGCUCGCGGGCGUGCGGCGAGGGCCGCGUGGCCUGCCUCUUCGAGGACGUGGUGCCCAUGAACUACAUGGUCUACUACAACUUCUUCGCCUGCGUGCUGGGGCCGCUGCUGCUCAUGCUGGGCGUCUACCUGCGCAUCUUCCUGGCCGCGCGGCGGCAGCUCAAGCAGAUGGACGGGCAGCCGCUGCCGGGCGAGCGGGCGCGCUCCACGCUGCAGAAGGAGGUGCACGCCGCCAAGUCGCUGGCCAUCAUCGUGGGGCUGUUCGCGCUGUGCUGGCUGCCGCUGCACAUCAUCAACGGCUUCACCUUCUUCUGCCCGCAGUGCCGCCACGCCCCGCCCUGGCUCAUGUACCUGGCCAUCAUCCUGUCCCACUCCAACUCCGUGGUGAACCCCUUCAUCUACGCCUACCGCAUCCGCGAGUUCCGCCAGACCUUCCGCCGCAUCCUGCGCAGCCACGUGCUGCGGCGCCGGGACCCCUUCAAGGCGGGCGGCGCCGGCGGCCGGGCGGGGGCGGCCCCCGGCGACGGCGAGCAGAUCAGCCUCCGGCUCAACGGGCACCCGCCCGGCUGGCUGGCCAACGGCAGCGCCCCCCGCCCGGGGCGGCGGCCCCCCGCCGGCCACGCCCUGGGGCUGGCGGGCGGACGGGGUGCCCGCGGGGCCCCGGGGGACACGGGCCUCCCCGACGUGGAGCUCCUCGGCCAGGAGCUCGGCGGGCCCUGCCCGGACUCCCCCGGCCUCGAGGGCCCCGGGGCCCCGGACGGAGCGGGCGUGUCCUGAGGAGCCGCCCCGGGAAGGACUCAUUGCUCUUCCUGGUCCGGGAGCCGGGCCGGCCGGGCGGGCGGUGCGGGAAGGAGACCUUCCCCUCCCGGCUGGUCCCCACGCGGCCCAGGAGGGACCCGGCGGGCGCAGCGCGAGGGGAUUUGGAACCCGAGAGCCGGCGUGUCACCGGGGACCCCCGUGCCGGCCAGGAGCGCAGCCCCGGAGCAGCAGCCCACUCCGGAAGCAUCUGGAAGGGCCACCUUGUCUCUGCAGAGCAGGCCGCUGGCCCCCGUGGCUCCGAGGGGCCCCUGCAUCCCCCCUCUCCAGACGUUCCGAGGGUUUGGGGGCUGCUGUGCCUGGAAGUGGCGUUGGACUUUGUUUUCCGGGAGAAAAUGUGAGCGUGAAGAUGCCCUUUUAAUGUUAUUGUUGUCCCUCCCUGUCGCCAGUCCUGCUGCUCAGCUGGCACAGGAGGCAGCCCGGGAGCCCCGGGCGGCCCUCUCCCCCCGCCCAGAGCCCUGUCCUGGGGACGAGGCUGGCCGCCGACGGGGCGCUGUGAUGGAGCGGGAGGGGCUGGGGUGCGGGCUGGCCUGCGUGGGUGCGGGCAGCUUGCCGGCCUCGGUGGAGGCCUCACUGCGUCCCCUGAAGGGCAUGUCUUUUCUGAGAUAAAAUAAAAGUGGAGCCCGUUGUGUUUUAA